AGCCUGCAGCCGGGAGCUCAGUAUUAUGGCAUCGAGGAGAAUGGAGACCAAACCCGUGAUAACGUGUCUGAAAACCCUCCUCAUCAUCUACUCCUUCGUCUUCUGGAUCACAGGUGUUAUCCUUCUCGCAGUCGGCGUCUGGGGCAAGCUCACUCUAGGCACGUACAUCUCUCUCAUUGCGGAGAACUCCACCAAUGCCCCCUAUGUGCUCAUCGGGACAGGUACCACAAUCAUCGUCUUCGGGCUUUUUGGCUGCUUUGCCACUUGUCGUGGCAGCCCAUGGAUGCUGAAACUGUAUGCCAUGUUCUUGUCCCUGGUGUUCCUGGCUGAGCUAGUGGCUGGCAUUUCAGGGUUUGUGUUUCGCCACGAGAUCAAGGAUACCUUCCUUAGGACAUACACUGAAGCAAUCCAGAAUUACAACAAGAAUGAUGAGCGGAGCCAUGCAGUGGAUAACGUACAGGAAAGUCUGAGCUGCUGUGGCAUUCAGAGCUAUACCAACUGGAGCACCAGCCCUUACUUCUUCAAACAUGGCAUCCCUACAAGCUGUUGCAUGAACUCCAGUGACUGCAAUACUCAGGAUCUGCGCAAUAUGACCGUUGCUGCCACUAAAGUAAACCAGAAGGGCUGUUACGAUUUGGUGACCAGUUUUAUGGAGACAAAUAUGGGAAUUAUAGCUGGAGUUGCUUUUGGAAUUGCAUUCUCACAGUUGAUCGGGAUGCUGCUGGCGUGCUGCCUGUCCCGGUUUAUUACUGCUAACCAGUACGAGAUGGUGUAACAAGCUUCCUUCUUGAAAGGAGAGGGCACGAUACCUGCUGCUGGCACACAUACCGACCCGCCUCUUGCCUUUUGUCCCUUCCUCCAGUCUUUCGGAAGCGUGAAGCCCAGCGCCUGUCCCAGGAUCAGGAACUGCAGCGUUCAAGAAAGACUGACACGAAUGUUAUAGCACACACUGUCUCUCGCACGCACGCGCGCACACCCCCACAAGCAAGCACGUGCGCGCGCGCACACUCGCCCCCCCACCUCCCGACCUGUCCCAUGCGUAGUGUACCAUCCUGUGAAGCACCGCCGUGCGCCCAGAGCCGACCCCCGGGCCAGGACGGCGCGCUCUUGGUCACGCUGUAGUUGCAUUGUAAGUUAACACAGGUAAUUCAUUAACAGCAUCGAUCAGGCUGUGCAUGUAGUGACCGGAGGGCACAAUUAGCCUUUCACCAUGGUUAAUAAGUGUUGCACACAUUCAUAUAAAACGGUAUAUGAACUAUGUAUUCUUUUGGGUUUCUCUUAAUUUCUUGGUUUGUUUAUGCUUUACUAAGGUUUUUCACCCUUUCCCCCUUCCCCGCCCCCCCCCCCCUUCCCCACAAACGAAGGAAUCGGUAACAUAACAUAAAGAUACUUGAAAAACGAUGUUAAAUUGUUGUGCUUGAAGGGAACCGUUCCUCCUGAUGUUCUUCGACAUCUUUGAUUCUUACUCAGUGUUGUAUGCCCAGUGCGUAUCCCAGUAGGCUUCGUCUAGUGCAUUUUGCCUCUGAACCUGAUCCCGUGUAAUACUGUUAUGAAGCUGUGUUGUCGCUUACUGUGAAGGCGGUAAUUUUGCUCCCUUUAUUUUUAUUAGAUAGCUAUGAACUAAUCGAACCGUGCUGUACCGCGGCCUUCGGACUUUUUUCCUCUUCUUUCUUUUUUUCUUUCUUCUUUUUUUUUUGCAUUGAGGUUGCAGCCACCAAGUACAUCGUUGAAUCGAAUCGAAAUAGAAACAACAAAAAGCUCACAGCCGCCACCACCAACGGGCAUAUGGAAUAUUUUUGGGGGAAAGCAAAGAUGUAAAACCUUUUUAAAAAAAAAAAACAAAAGAAAUAGGACUUUUUUAAUAAUGCCUCUGUCUAGCAUGCCAACGAGAAUGCAUUGAUAUUGUGAGUAUUUGUGAUAUAUGUAUUAAUAAAUGGAACCAUUACGGA